GAAUCCUUGGACCGCUCAAUCUUCAGUCAGUCUUGCUUGAACUUCUCAAGAGUCAAGAGAGGACUGAGAGAUCAAAGCAAUCACAUCGUUUAUCCUCAAAAUGAUCUUUUUUAAGACGUCUUUGUCUCUACUCUUUGUGGCAUUUGCCAUCACAUCAGCUCAAAGACGUAACAACAAUGGAGGAUUACGAAAAACUGUGAUCAAGAGCGCCAGAUGCGAGGAUGUUGAGAAGAUCGAAGCUGGUGAUACUGUGUCCGUAUUCUACACGGGUAAACUUUUGGCCGAUGGCACUGUCUUCGAUUCCAAUGAAGGCAAAUCUCCACUAGAAUUCGAGGUCGGUGUGGGCAAAGUGAUCCCCGGUUGGGAUCAAGGACUUUUGGGCAGUUGUCCUGGUGAAACAUUCAGGCUGGUUAUUCCCUCCGAUUUGGCUUAUGGAGAGCAAGGUGCGGGUGGUGGAGUGAUUCCCCCCAAUGCUGAGUUGGACUUCACAGUCACCGUUGAAGGUUUGAAGAAGGAGCUCAAGAUCGAGGUUCUGAAGAAAGUGGAUUGUGACAGCGAAAAGAGGACUCGCGAGAAGGACAAGAUCAGCGUCCAUUACAAUGCCACCUUGGCUAACGGUCAAAAAGCGUUUUCCUCCUAUGAUUCCAACACGCCCUUGGAAAUGACCAUUGGCAAGGCUGGCAUUAAAGGCUGGGAUGAAGGUACCAAGGGUGCUUGUGUUGGAGAGGUUCGACGAGUUGUUGUCCCGCCCAGUUUAGCAUACGGAGAGAAAGGCAUCGAAGGCGUGAUUCCACCCAAUGCCACGCUCAUUUUGGAGAUGGAAUUCCUCAAGAUCGAAGAUCGUGUCUUGUCUUUCUUGGACCGAAUCAGCUCCGGAAAUUUCGGUCGAGGGAAAUGAGCACAUCGAAAAGCGCAAUAGUGACGAGUGUUGCUUUAGUCCCAGCACCAGAUUGUUAGUUCAAAGUUAUUGAGCGGAAGAAAUAAAACAUCCGAUAUAAUGAG